AUGCGGAACUUUUGGACUGGAAGAACUGUUAACAGAAGUCAGCUCUAUAAAAUUGAUCUUUCAGAUAUGACAUGCCUUGCAGGAUGCAAAAAAGCGGUGAACUAUGGGGCUAUUGGAUCAGUAGUCGGGCACGAAAUCACACACGGCUUUGAUAGUGACGGACGUUUCUAUGAUGCCCAUGGCGAACGUCGCUCAUGGUGGAAUGAAAAUACAGAAAAGGAAUUUGAGCAGCGAUCACAAUGUUUCAUCGAUCAAUACGGGAAGAUCGAGGUUAGCAGAGUUUAUUGGCAAAUUGUUUUUUUAGGUUGAUG